UUUGGUGACCAUUUAGCACAAGCUUCUUGCUGAGUGAAGUCAUGUCUCGCUUUUGCUACUUCUCGCUGCUUAUAGCUGUGACCGUCCUCGUCAACCCGUCAAGCUCUUCAAGAGUACGCCGAGGCUUCUUUGGUGGAGGUGGAGGUAGCGGAGGUGGAUAUGGAGCGGGAGGGAACUCCAUCAUCAGCAGCGGUGGAUACCAAGGCUCGUCGACCGGCUCUCAUGUUCUCCUCGCUGGAUCACACGGCGCCCUUGCCGGCGGUGGCCCGGCGCACACCGUGAACGCCGGAAGCGGGCCAUCAUUUUUCCCGGUCGGGGCUGCGGAUCAGCAGUGGUACAGCAACAUCGCGCAGGCCUCAGGCAGCGUCUACAGCGCUAAGGCGAUCGCGCAAGGGCAGCUAGCAGUCGCUCAAGGGAACGCUGCUGCAGCGUCGGCAGCACACGGGAUUUACAGCUCGGCAAACGAUCCCGCGCUCGCGGCAAGCGCCGAUUACGCCGCGCAACACGCCCAGGCUGCCUCUCUCAGCGCCGCUGCGCAUCACGGACAGGCCGCGGUCAUCACCGGAGCUGCUUUCCAAAAUACCCAUGGAUGAUUAAAGCGGAAUGCAUGUAAUGAAUCGUUGAAUGUUAUGCUUAAAGCAAAUCAUUGGUUGAAUCAGACGCGCAGACAUCUGAAGCGAUAAAAGGCGGAAUUAAUUUUAAUUUUGUAAACAUUUCCGACUUUUUGUUAAUGUUCAUAAAAUAUAUGCGUUACAAAUUCGAAUUUAUCUUUCUUCGUGCUGUUAUAUUAUAUGGGAAAUGAAAAUUAUCAUAGCCAUUUAUUGAUCUUCUAUGUUUAUGAAAGUGAUUUCAUGAAGUUUAGAUUUCACACUGAAACAGAAAAUUUUAAAUUUUUUCGCCGGAGAAUAUCACACGACUACAUCACAUUAAUUAUGCUUAAAAUAGUAAUUCAGACAUCACUAAUCUUGGGCUCUGACUUGGAGCUUCACUCUUUAUCGAAAGCUUUGUUUCGAUUUUGAUGGUAAUACCGUAAUAUAUCGGCCAACAAUUACCAUUCCACGAUGUGUAUAUCAUUAUAAUUAGCCUAGCUGAGUCAGAAUUUAUUCCAUGGACUCCUGACAUCUCAUAGAUAAUAUUUUGCAAUGUUGCAAUCAUGCCUGGGUUUACGAUAUAUACCUACGAAUAAAAUAAAUCACUGAAGCACAAUCGACAUCUCAUCGUAUCCUCUUAUCUAUACUGUUUCUCUUAACUGGUUGAAUAAUGAUACCAAACUACAGUAUCUUAAUUAUAUACUUCGACUUAAAUCAUAUAUUAUUCAAAUGAAAACACCAUAAUUAGAGCACUCCUACAUUUUCUGAGCUGUCAGUUAUUAAGCGAUUUUUUUAUAGCGUACAUGCGAAUUUGUGUUCAGUUAAAUUAUACACUUGUCCAGAAUAUAAUUUUUCAUUAACGUUUGUCAUGGACAUUACCAUUAAGUCAUGUGAAUAAAUUUGGUUUACAA